AUGCCGUCUCUCCUCCUCAUCCUCUGCCCCCCACCCAUUUCCCGCCUUCCCCCUCCUAUCAACCUGCAGAAGCACUCCCAGCAGUCUCUCCGCGCGCUCUCCCCGGCUCUGGCCGCGUGGGUGGCGGAGAGAGCAAGCUCUGUCUCGCCAGAGGUGGUGGCGAUUGCGAGUGUGUACUUUGUGCAGGGCGUGCUGGCUCGCCUCGCUGUGACGUUUCUUCUUAAGGACGACUUUGGGCUCGACCCUGCUGAGGUGCGUGCGUGUGUGGGUGUGUGGGUGUGCUCGUGUGUGUCCCUGCUUGUACUGCUGUUCUGGGGUAGUGCUGUCUCGCCAAAGGUGGUGGUGAUCGCGAUUGUGUACUUCGUGCAGGGCAUGCUGGGCUUGGCUCGCCUUGCUGUUACCUUCCUUCUUAAAGAUGACUUCGGGCUUGAUCCUGCCGAGGUGAGUGCGUCUCUGUAUGAGCAUGUGCGCAUGAGGUCGCUCUGCUGGGCUCGCGAGGGUCUCCCCCGAGGUGGUGGCGAUCGCGAGUGUGUACUUCGUACAGGGCGUGCUGGGCUCGCUCGCCUCGCUGUCACUUUCUUGCUCAAAGACGAUUUUGGCCUCGACCCUGCUGAGCUGCGUGUGUCUCACUGCAUGUGCCUGUGCGCGCUCUGCUGGGCUAGUGUUGUCUCUCCAGAGGUAGCUGUCCUAUCGGGUCUCUCCUCCCUCCCCUGGCUCAUCAAGCCCAUCUACGGCUUUAUCAGCGACGGCAUUCCUCUCUUUGGCUAUCGCCCCCGCUCCUACCUGGUCGCCUGCGGCCUGCUGGGGUAUCUUGCUCUGUUAAACACCCCCAACUCCCGUGCAUUCCCCAUAUUUUCCCCCCAGGUAGCAGUGCUAUCAGGCCUCUCCUCCCUCCCAUGGCUCAUCAAACCCAUCUACGGCUUGAUCAGCGACGGCAUUCCUCUUUUUGGCUACCGCCGGCGCUCCUACCUGGUGGCGUGUGGGCUGCUGGGGUCUGUGGCGUGGGGUGCGCUGGCAUCGGUGGUGUUUCUGUGGGAGACCAUUCGCCAGCCAGCCAUUCUGCUGCCCACCGCCUUCAUCUUCCUCUGGCAGGCCACUCCGCACUCCGAGACUGCUAUGUUCUUCUUCACGUGA